UGGCCUAUAUAUAUCUCCUUUGCUCUCGCUUCUUUUGCUGCACAGAAUUAGUAUUUCAAUAUUCAUAUCAUAUUUUUCAUAUUCAUCCUUUCUUAUGCUUCAGAAAGCCAUGCCGGAAGCUCCCAAAGCCUUAUCCGUCGAGGGUACCGUCGUCGAAAAUAACGACAAGGCAUUGAAAUUCAUCGAGGAUGUUACCAUUAACGCUGAUGAAGUGCAGAAGCGAGUUCUAUCCAAGAUUCUCUCUCGUAGCGCCGACACCGAGUACUUGCGAAGGAACGGUCUUAACGGGUGUACCGAUAGAGGAACGUUCAAGAAGGUGAUGCCAGUCAUUACGUACGAAGAUUUGAAGCCGGAUAUCGAGCGUAUCGCGAAUGGCGAUACGUCGCAGAUUCUUUGCUCACAUCCCAUAUCAGAGUUCUUAACAAGCUCGGGUACGUCUGCCGGCGAGCGAAAGCUGAUGCCGACGAUAGACGAGGAACUCGAGAGGAGAUUGUUUCUUUAUAGCUUGUUAAUGCCUGUGAUGAGUCAAUUCGUUCCGGGUUUGGACAAAGGGAAGGGAAUGUACUUUUUGUUUGUGAAAUCAGAAGCUAAGACCCCGGGUGGACUCGUGGCUCGUCCUGUUUUAACCAGCUACUACAAGAGCUCAUAUUUUAAAAAUAAGCCUAACGAUCCCUACACCAAUUAUACAAGCCCAAACGAAACCAUUCUCUGCCUGGAUUCUUACCAGAGCAUGUAUUCUCAGUUGCUUUGCGGUCUAUGUCAAAAUGAAAAAGUCGUUCGGGUAGGUGCGGUUUUCGCCUCUGGUUUCAUUCGAGCAAUUCACUUCCUUCAAAAACAUUGGGGUCUUCUUUGUAACGAUAUCCGAACCGGAACUAUCGACCCGAAGAUCACUGAUCCUUAUGUAAGAGAAGCCGUCUCGAAAAUCCUGAAACCUAACCCCAAGCUUGCUGAUUUUGUUGAGGCAGAAUGUAGCAAUGGGUCAUGGAAAGGGAUCAUAACUAGACUGUGGCCUAACACUAAGUACAUAGAUGUUAUUGUCACAGGUACCAUGUCUCAGUACAUUCCUGCACUAGAUUAUUACAGCAACUCCCUCCCCCUUGUUUGCACCAUGUACGCGUCGUCCGAAUGUUAUUUCGGAAUCAAUCUCGACCCGCUUUGCAAGCCUAGUGAGGUAUCCUACACCCUUAUCCCCACCAUGGCGUAUUUCGAGUUCUUGCCGGUGACUAGGGAAAAUGAGUUAAUCAGUACCAUCUCCGAACCAACGACCCUGAAUGACGAAGAGAAACAACAACUUGUCGAUCUUGUCGAUGUCAAACUAGGACAAGAAUAUGAGCUUGUUGUCACAACAUAUGCAGGUCUUUAUCGAUACCGAGUCGGAGACAUACUUCGUGUAUCCGGAUUCAAGAACAACUCCCCACAAUUCAAUUUCAUAUGUAGGAAAAACGUUGUGCUCAGCAUUGAUUCCGAUAAAACCGACGAGGUUGAACUCCAAAACGCAGUGAAAAACGCUGCAAAUCAACUCGGGCAAUUCGAAGCAUCUCUGGUGGAAUACACCAGCUAUGCGGACACAUCGGCGACUCCCGGUCACUACGUGCUGUACUGGGAACUCAGUGUUAAAGAUGCAAAUUCGAUCCCUCCGUCAGUUUUCGAGAAUUUUUGCUUCACGGUCGAAGAAUCACUCCACAGCGUGUACCGACAAGGGCGGGUUUCUGACAAGUCCAUCGGGCCAUUGGAGAUAAGAGUAGUGGAGAAUGGCACAUUCGACAUGCUCAUGGACUUUGCUCUAACGCAGGGUGCAUCAAUAAACCAGUACAAGACACCAAGGUGCGUCAAGUAUGCUCCCAUUAUCGAGCUUCUAAAUUCGAGAGUCAUUUCGAGUUAUUUCAGUCAGAAAUAUCCGAGAUGGAGCCCCGGUCAGAAGCAAUGGUGCACUCAAAAUUGAACAAGUUGAGCAUUGAGCAUCUUUUCUCUGUAAUGAAAAACAACGGAAGAACUGUUUCACUUCACAUUUAGUAUGAAUGGUUUGAACUUUUAUAAACUU